UGGAUUUCGGCCGUGAACGACAACGAGGAGGCCGAGCUCGUCCACUCGGUCUCCUACGGCAACGACGAGGCCCAGCAAGUCUCGGAGGAAUACAUGCAGAGCGUCAACACGGAGUUUAUGAAAGCGGCAGCGCGAGGAUUGAGCAUCUUUGUCGCCUCGGGCGACCAGGGUGUGUAUGGACGCGAGGGACCCGGGAAUAAUGUCUUUCAUCCGGACUUUCCUGCCUCCUCUCCUUGGGUGACGAGCGUGGGGGGGACUGAUUUCGUGACACCCUCAGUGACGGGUGAGGAGCAAGCCUGGGACGGCUCAGGAGGCGGGUUUAGUAACACCUUCCCUGUGGCUUCCUGGCAAGCGGCGGCUGUGGCUCAAUACAAGAUGACCGCCGCCGACACCUUGCCCCCCUCAUUUCUCUGGAACGCGAGCGGCCGCGGCUACCCGGAUGUCAGCUGCUUGGGAGGAAGUGUGAACCCAUACUGCGUGAGUGCAGAUGUUGGGGAGUUGGCUGGCGUGUGGGGCACUUCGGCCAGCACACCCGUGGUGGCAGGCAUAUUUGCUCAGCUGAACAACGUUCGAUUGACGGCGAAGAUGCCUCCGAUGGGCUUUGUGAACCCGUUCUUGUAUCAGAACAUGGACUGUUUUUUUGACGUGAAGCAGGGGGUCAACGACGGAGGGUACAACUGGGGUUUUGCAGCCGUGGAGGGCUGGGACCCGGCGACAGGGGUUGGGACGCCAAAUUACGCGAAACUGAAGGAGCGAGUUCUGAUGGUGUAA